AAUUCAAAAUUUUCAAUUCAUCCAAAUAUUUCAACCUUUCCAUAUUUUUCAGUUUGCAAGUUUUUAAAUUUGAAGAGAUCUUCAUAAAGAUUUUACCAAGACUGUACAAUAGUUUCAAAAUAGUUUCCAGCCUAACUAUUAUCGACUACCAAAGCUGUUCUAAUCCACGACAACCCUUCUCGCACGUCCAUUAGACUCAACACCAUACAUGAAUAUACUACGCAAACAUCAUCGCUUUAUACAUCACACAUUAUAGAAAAACCUUUAUAAUACAUUUUAUACCAAAAGAUUACCUGCUGAAAGAGCUAUCUUCUAAAAGAGCUAAUCAAACUAAGAAAUGAUUUUAUUACAAAUAACAAAAGAAACUCAAUUUUUAUUACACUCGAUAUCCAUCAGCAAGUUUUAAACGAUAUCGAAGCAAAAGUUUCGCCGUUAAAUCGCUUCCGCUGUAAGGCGAGAAUAAAAAGUAUGGAAAGUUGCAAUCAGAUUCUACUCCCCUCGAUUUUGUUGGCACUGAAGAUUGUUUCAUAAAAGCGGAAGCGGGAACAAGAUUUCAUUCCGCAAAUGACAUUCGAUUGCAGAAUACUAUUGAACAAUCCAUUCAACGAUUUUUCACACGUACGUGACUAGAGAGGAAUAAAUUGGAUUAUAGAAAGAGUGGAUUGAUUCUGCUGUUUCGCUUCCAAGAACUCCUCGUUUCAAGGAGAGCGCAAUUUCUCAUACAAGAAUAAAAAAUCUCUUUACAUUUAGAUUGAAUUCGUGAUUGCAGAAUAAUCGUUGCAAUAAUAGAUCUCCAUCUUUUUUUAAGAGAAGAUUUUUAUAUCUUAUGUAGGCAGAUGUCGAAGAUCUAAAGGACACUGUGAUACAACACGUUAAAUAAUUAUUUUAAUUACUAGACAAAAAAUAUUAACAAUUUUACUAUAAAAACUAUUAUCACAAAAUUGUCCUGAAACAUUUCCUAAUGAAGCUUUCCUUCUUUACAAUUCAGUUCAAUAACAUAUUAAAAAGAUAUUCUCUUUUUCAGAUCUGAACGUUACCUAACAAGAUUACAAUCAGGAGAUAAUAUGAGGGACGAAAUAUCGAUAUUUUUAGUGGUCAUCCUUGCGAUUGGAGGUUUGAUGAUGAUGAGCGCACUGCUGGCCUGUUACGCAUGUAUCUUUCGAGAUCUAUGUUGUAGACCCGAAGACAGGUCCAAGAGAAGACGUCCUCAGAGUCCUCACCAUGAACCUGAUGACCCAAACCGACCCAGAAUGGAUACCAUGCUCAUGAACGAUAUUACACAAGGAGAAAGUAUGCCUACGGAAUCUGAGAAAGUUUAAACUUCGAUAUAAAAUAUUACCUGCUAAUGAGAAGAUGUCUUUCACCGUUAGUGACUGUAAAUACGAAGCAUAAACAGAAAUAGUUGAACUUUUAUUUCAAAUUGCUAUGUUGCAAAUCAAUGCAUUAUGUACAUAUUCGAAUACAUUCAUACAUAUAUACA